AUGGAGCCUUUUCAAGACCACUUCAUGGAGUUCCACCCUAUCCACGGAACCAACGUGGAACUGGACCACUCGGCCACUCAGGCCACGCGGGUGGAGAGCUUUGCCAACGGAGUGUGCUUCAGUAAACACCCUCUCAAGCCAGGGGAGAUAUUCCUCAUAGAGAUUGAGGACAAGGAGUUAGGCUGGUGUGGACACCUCCGCAUCGGCCUGACCGCCAAGGACCCCAGUACCUUGGAGGUAGUUCCUGAGUACUCUAUUCCGGAAUUGACAGACUUGGGUGACAGCUGGGUUUUCGCUAUCACUCGCAACCACAAUAAAGUCGUGGAGGAGGUCGAUGUGGGAGAAGGUGGCCAGGAGCCUGGGGGUCACAGACUGGGGCAAGGAGACGCUGAAAAUGAAGGUGACACAAAUACCAAACCAAAGACCUUUUUCACUGAUUCUCAUUUGUACAUUGAGAAUAUCCGGAUCCCCAGAGACAAGCUGGUUGGCCGCAGCCGACCCGGACGCUAUAGCCACAUUCUGGACGACUUGUACAAAACCAAUGCCCUCCCGCCAACAGCCAGACGUAGCCGCAUUGGAGUUCUGUAUGUACCUAAAGGCCCACAUGUAGCUGACAUGCAUAUUGUCAUCAAUGGGGAGGACAUGGGACCUUCUGCAAGAGGCAUCCCCACCAUUGAGCCUAUUUAUGCCGUAGUGGACGUUUUUGCCGCCACUAAGUGUGUCAGGAUCGUGCAGGUGGAGUAUGGAUUCUCAUCCUUGCAGACACUGUGCAGGAAGUCCAUCCAGAAGCACAUCGUGCAUAGAAUGGCCAUUGACUGGUUGGAGCUGCCAGAGGCAUUGAAGCACUACUGCAAAUAUGAGUGAGGACUCGGC